CACAGGCGCCAAUAUCUUAUUGAAUGGAAUUGAACCAUUAUUAACCCUUAGCAUGCCAGCUAAAAGAUCACUAAGGUUGGAAGUGGAAGAAGAAAGCAAUCAUGGAAAAUCCCCAAGGAAAACCAAAAGACAAAUGAAUCAGUUUUCUCCAACAACUGGAACUUGUCAACUGAGCCCGUCCUCUGUUAGUAAAAAAAUGAAAGUAGUAAGCAAACAAGAUUACUGGAUUUAAUUGCGAAAGUGCAGAAGUCACUGGGAACGUUUUUGAAAAUGCGACAAAGUCUGAAGCAUUUGGAGUCUUUAGAGGGCAGCAGAGAGCUGGAGAAUAUUCUCGGUGUCAGAAAUAUAUCAAGAAACCUGAACGCUGAACUGCAGAAAACUAAAGCUCUGGUGUACGAAGCAAAGACAAUGGAGAUAUUGAAAUAAAAUGUUAUAAAAGAUCUGUUUGAUAUAAAAAUAAAGUUAUGAACUUGGACAUUAAUCUCUGCAUCUGCCACCAUCAUCUUAAAAGGGAAGAAGAAAUGCCUGUAAAUCAAUCUGCCCAGCAAAUACCAGUUAUGGAUGGCUCGGAGUGUUGGGCAGGUGCAUGCCUAGAUAUAGUUUCUUGCAUCUAAUUUAAACUUUACACUGUACUCAAGCAGAUAAUCUCAAUGUAAAUAACACAUUUUAUAACUAUACUGCUUUGGUAUCGAUCCCUGUCUUUUGCAUAACCUUUGCAAUGUACAACAUUGUGUGUACAAUAGCACAGUCUUCCACACUUCUACAAACGGAUCAUUUUGAAAAUAUGAACAGACAUUUUUUUUUCUUUUUAGUAUUGGAAUCAUAUUUAGUGUUUCCAUAAUGUUUAUUAAAAAAACAAAUUGCCAACAUUACCCUGCUUAAAAAAAUAAUAAUACAGAAAAUAUUUUUAUAGAGAAAUUAUAAAGAAAAAUAAAUAUUUGAAAUUGUA